UGUCCUGCAACUAAAAGGGUAGAGAGCCCUAGAGGGAAGAGGACACCGACAAGGCACCAACAAGUUCAGUGGGAAGUGUGAUGUCUCUGAGAGAAGUGAGAAUGUGAAGAGAGGAUUCUUGAGAAGCUGUGCAUCAACAAUGGCGUUUUCAUUGCAGAUAUUUUCGUUUUCUGUGCCCAAACAAAAACAUUUUACUUCAUCGAAGACGAAGAGGAACUCAUCUUCCUCUACGCCGAUAAUCUCUGGUUUCUCUUACAAGAAAUUCGUUAACUUCGCUUUAGAAGAAACCCAACGCCAUACUCACUUACUUCCUUCGCCAUUACAGGAAAAGUUCAAUCUCAUGAAGUCCAUUGAUCAGAAAACAGAACUUGAAAUGCUAUCCUUUCAAUCUUCCAAGAUUAGACUGCUUCGUGGUUUGACUAUCGAUGGGAGUGAUUCUAUGCAGGUCAUGGAUUUUGCAGUUUUCCCAGAACCAGAGUUUGACCUACCUAUUUUCUGUGCCAACUGUGUCACUGUUGGCAGUGUGAAUAUAGUUGUCUUGGAUCUUAAUCCUUUGCAUGAUGUCAUCACCGAAAGGAAUUACAGGGAGAAGUACUACAAGAGUUUAAUGCCUCUUGGGCUGAAAUAUGCUGAGCUUUUACCUUGGGGAGGCAAGAUAACAAGUGAGUCAUUGAAAUUCUUUUCACCAAUUGUCAUAUGGACCAAGUUCAGUUCAAGCCAACACAAUCACGAUCUUCUAUUUUCAGCAUUCAUGGAUUAUUACAAGGCGUGGCUUGAGAUAAUGGACCAAGCAAAAGAGGAGACAGAUGCUUCUCGUGUUAUCUGUAACCUUGGGGAUCAGCAUAGAUAUCUGACAUGGAGAGCAGAAAAGGAUCCCGGUCAUCGACUGUUAAAAAGGUUGAUAGGGGAGUGUGAUGCACAGGACCUGGUGAGGGAUUUUCUCUUUAAUGGAGUAACUACACUAGGAGCUAAAACGUUUGCAGAAUACUUUCCUGAGUAUCAGCAAGAGGAUGGAUCAAUCAGUGAGAAGCGCAGUAUGGUUGGGAAGUCUUUUGAAACUCGGCCAUGGGAUACUGGAGGUGAAUUUAUUGGUGAAAAUAUUAUGUGAUUGUUUAUUGUCUUCAUCUUUGUAGGUAUUAUGUUUAUAGAGUUGUAGAGUAAGUUUUGGACUGGCUUUUCUUGCUAGUUCAGGAAAUUUUUGUAAUUUCUUUGCUCCGCUUUUCUUCUGAAAUUAACCAUACGUUGUAACUUUAGACUACUCAAGUUGUAUACUUGUAUGUUAUCACGGUUGUAUGAAGUACCAAUAAAGCUUCACUCUAAAGGUUAUAUUCA